AUGCUGCAGCUAAACAUUACUGUGGUCAGUGAGUUCAUCCUGGUGGGCUUUCCCACUGCCCCAUGGCUUCAGGUUCUGCUCUUCUUUCUCUUCCUUGUGGUCUACCUGUUAGUGGUAGUGGAGAAUCUUGUCAUCAUGCUCACUAUUUGGGUCACUAGCUCCCUCCAUAAGCCAAUGUACUAUUUCCUGAGUAGCAUGUCCUUUCUGGAGGUCUGGUAUGUCUCUGUCACAGUCCCCAAGAUGCUGGACGGAUUCCUCCUGCAGAGACAGCGCAUCUCCUUCACAGGUUGCAUGACCCAGCUCUACUUCUUUAUCUCCCUUGCCUGCACAGAGUGUGUGCUCCUGGCAGCCAUGGCUUAUGACCGCUAUGUGGCCAUUUGCCACCCUCUUCAAUACUCAGUCAUCAUGACCACAGGUUACUGUGGACAGCUGGUGGCUUUCUCUUACAUGAGUGGUUUCAUGAUCUCUGUCAUCAAGGUCUAUUUCAUUUCACAUGUUGCUUUCUGUGGCUCCAAUGUUAUGAACCACUUUUUCUGUGAUAUCUCACCAGUCCUAAAACUGGCAUGCAAAGACAUGUCCACAGCUGAGCUAGUGGACUUUGCUUUAGCUAUCGUCAUUCUUGUGAUCCCUCUCAUUACCACUAUCCUCUCCUAUAUCUACAUUGUCUCCGCCAUUCUGCAUAUACCCUCCACCCAGGGAAGGAAGAAGGCCUUCUCCACCUGUGCAUCUCACCUCACUGUAGUCAUAAUUUUUUACACAGCCAUGAUUUUUACAUAUGUUCGGCCCAGAGCUAUUGCAUCAUUUAAUUCCAACAAACUAAUCUCAGCUGUCUAUGCAGUCCUCACACCCAUGCUAAAUCCAUUCAUCUACUGCCUAAGGAACCAGGAAGUCAAGAAUGCUAUCAAAAAGACCUUGAGGGGUGGCUAA